AUGGUAGAAACGCAAAGAGUAUUUCAUGUUGUUUUUCAGACUGCCUCACGGCAGGUUUCUGAUAGUGGAAAGCUGCUACCCAAACAAUAUUCCGAUGACCUCAAGAGUCCGAGUGCACCGAACGAGCCGAGUGGUUGUGUGGUCGCAUCUUGGGAACCGAUACCCCUUGUAGCAUGGCUGACCAACCAGCAGAUUACAGAAUUCAAAGAAGCCUUCUCACUAUUUGACAAGGAUGGCAAUGGGACUAUAACAACAAAGGAGCUGGGGACUGUGGUGAGGUCUCUGGAGCAGAACCCCACAGAAGCAGAGCUUCAGGACAUGACUAAUGAAGUAGAUGCAGAUGGUAAUGGCACAAUUGACUUCCCUGAAUUUCUGACAAUGAUGGCAAGAACAAUGAAAGAUACAGACAGCAAAGAGGAAAUUAGAGAAGCAUUCCACGUGUUUGAUAAGGAUGGCAAUGGCUAUAUCAGUGCAGCAGAGCUCUGCCAUGUGAUGACAAACCGUGGAGAGAAGCUAACAGAUGAAGAGGUGGAUGAGAUAAUCAGGGAAGCAGACAUCGAUGGGGACGGUCAGGUAAACUAUGAAGGGUUUGUACAAAUGAUGACAGCAAAGUGAAGACAUUGUACAGAAUGUGUUAAAUUUCUUGUACAAAGUUGUUUAUUUGCCUUUCUUUGUUUGCAA